AUGUACACAGAAACCCCACUGACUCGUAAGAGAAAGGUCAAGACAGGCUGCAAGACCUGCAAAAUACGCCGUGUGAAAUGCGAUGAAGGCCGACCGGCCUGCCGACGCUGUGUAUCAACCAGUCGAGUCUGCGAUGGCUAUGGAAUAUGGGGAGGUGGUGGCACUCCUUACACGCAGCCACAGACCAACCGGGCUCUUUCGGUCUACUGCACCCCAGUGCCGAUUGGCAGUCUCAGCGACGAAGAGAAUGUCUGUUUUGACUGGCUGAUCAAACGAACGGCCAAGAAGUUCACUGGUCUCUUUGCUUCGGACUUUUGGGAAACACUGAUAUUCCAAGCUAGUGCGCAGGAACCCGCUGUGCGCCAUGCUGUCAUUGCCCUGUCGUCUGCUCAUCGGUUCGCGCAGUAUGACGAGGAGGGGCUUCUUGUAAACAAGCUCAAGGAAGAGCGGUUCACGCUGCAGCAGUACAAUAAGGCGAUUCAGUACCUGCGCAGUAACAAUGUCGAUGACAGCCAUUCGCUCCGCGUGGCGCUGAUCACUUGUAUGCUGUUCGUCACGCUGGAAUACCUCCGAGGCCAAUAUCAGGUGGGAAGUGCACAUCUCCGAUAUGGCAUGAAGCUGCUUUCCGAUGUCUCUGGAUCGGGUCCACGAUCUACGAUGGCUCCAACCUUCCUCUGCACAGAGGGAGAUUUCGCGUACAACGCCUUGAUCGACGCCUACUCCCGAUUAGCCAUCCAAUCAGCCAUGUUCGGCCACGUCCCUUCAUAUAUGUGUGUUGUAACGCAAGAUCCUCAGACGACGACAAUCCCCUACAUAUUCAGCUCUCUCAUACAAGCGAGACGCACCCUGGACGAUCUCUUAAAUAGAGUCCACUGCCUCAAAAGAUACCAUCACGACCUCCAAACACCAGACUCACCAACCGAAACGAAAGAAACAGUCAAAAUACAAACCCAAAUCUUAACCGACCUAACUCUCUGGCGCAAAGCAUAUACAUCAACUCUAUCCCGUCUAGACAACACAAAAGCCAGCGCGAAAGACAAAACCGGCUAUCUCCUCCUACGAGUCUACCACGAAAUGGCAACAAUAAUGGCCUCAGUAAGCCUAACACCAGAACCCGAAGCCGAAACAAUCUACGACUCCUACACAGAACACUUCAUAACAAUACUAGCCUGCUUCCUCGACCUCUGGAAAACAUGGACAACAAGUAAUAUCCACGAAACGCACCUCUCGGCCCUAAUCGCGCAUUCCGACGACCUAAAAACCCUCUUCAAAGACUUCACCCUAACCCCCAACAACAUGCACACCAUGAUCGAAACCUCCCUACUAGAAAUCCUCGAAGGAACAAAAGACAUAUCGCUCCUUCUCCAAACCCCGGACUGCGGCGGCUCCAGCUUCACCGUUGAAACAGGCUACAUUCCGCCUGUAUAUUACACAGCGUUGAAGUGCCGCGUGCCGCGAAUUCGGCGGCAGGCUGUGCGGACGCUGCGUGCGGCGCCGCAUCGGGAGGGGGUUUGGAAUGGGCUUCUUCUGGCGGAUGUGCUUGAAGAGAUCAUUGCUGUUGAGGAGGGGGGUUUGUAUGCUGAUGAUGGGAGGGUUGACCGUGUGGGUGGGGGGUUUCUUCCUAGGCCUGAUGAUUUGUGUUUGCCCAAGGUGCCGGGUGCGAUGAGAGUUUCUGAUGUUAGGGUUAUUUUGCCGGAUGAUGUUUCUGGGGAGACGUUUGUUAGUUAUCGGAGGAGGGGGGUUGGAUGGGGAGUGGGUUUGUUGUAG